CUAGGCAACUAACAUAGCGCGUAGAAUAGUGGCAUUUUCGUAAUAAAACUUAGAAUAGUAUUAGUAUAGAUAGAUAUAAAUGGAAACGCCAAAACAAGAUGGCUAAGAGCUACGACUAUGAUCGCAGCAUAAGUUUAGAAAAAUCUAAAGCCUCUCGCUCGUUAGUCUUAACUCUCUAACAAGAUCUGAAAAUAUCUGAAAUCUUUCAUGGAGCAAAGUAAAGAGAAAAAUGCUCCUUGGUUAUCAGUGCCACAGUUUGGUGACUGGGAUCAAAAGGGUGGAGUGCCUGACUACUCACUAGAUUUCUCAAAAAUCAGGGAAAUGAGGAAACAAAACAAGACAAAUCUUUCAAGGGCAAGUCUUGGAAACGAAGAAGAGCUCGUGGCUUCAGCCACUACCACUACAAACGCAAGCCACACUGAGCCUGUACACCAGCACCCCCAUUAUCACCAGACAAACUCUCCAACGGCAAGGAGGAGCUUCCUCAGCUACUUCAACUGCUGUGUAAAAGCAUGAUAUUUAAUUAAGGGCACGUACAACCCUUUUACUUCUAAAGAUCAGGAACUGGAACAAUUAUGCUUCUUGUCUUGGUGAUUAGUACUUUAGUAUUUGUUUAUGUUUUGUCCUUGUAAAAAGAAAGUCCCUUCGUCCAAGCCCUACUCUGAUGUUAUUAAUUUAUUGGUAUUUGAAAGUUGGGUAAUCUAAUUUAGAGGUUAAGAUGAACAUGUAAAUGGCACCGAUGAGUCAUAAACCUGUACACGUAUGAUUUGAUUUCAAAGUAUGAUUACUUGAUUAGUCACUUUAUUA